ACGGAACUAAAGCUUCAAUUGAUUGAAUUCGGGGAAUAGUUAUUCAGACGGACGUGUUAUGGCUGCACCAAUAUGCAGAAAGUUGGUGCUUAUAUGGACAUUCAGAGCAGCGCGUGGUCACGUUGGCUGUGGGUACAGUCCAGGUUAUCUCAUGCUACGUGAUAAACAAACGAAAGUUUGCCUCGUUAGAAACCUCUGCUUGGGGCAUGACCAAAACUCAACAAGACAACGGCGUACGGAUCGGGAGGAAAUGCUCAGUACUCUGGUGGAUAUGGGCUUUACCGAGGCGGAGGUUGAAGAGUUAGCCAGACGAAGCUUAAGCAGUUGCACCGACAACGCAGCCCAGCACCUCUCCGUCCUCUCAGCACUAGUGGCGCUGGGCUUGAACCCUUCUAGCAUCCUGAAUAUCUUGGACAAAUGCCCGGAGCUCCAUAGGGUGAAGGGAGGUCUGCUGCAACAGCGAGUGGACAACCUGCGCAAACUAGGACUGGUGGAGGGCAGCCUACAGCGGGUUGUGAAACACCUCCCUCAGCUCCUCACUCUGCCCAUUAAGAGGGUCAAUGCAGUAUCACGAUUCCUCCGGGAAAAGUGCCGCCUCACAACCCAGCAAAUCACAGACGUCCUGCGAGACUCCCCUGCAGUUGUGCUGGAGGACGCCGGCAGACUGGAGUACAAGUUCCAGUAUGCUUAUUUCCGUAUGGGCCUUGGUCAGUCAGAGAUGGUGAAGUCUGGGCUCUUCCGUGUCCCCCUUGAAGAAGUCAGGUACCGGCAUGGCUUCCUGGAAAAGCGGGGCCUGUACCAGACCCCAGACAAGAAAGGCCAGACACGCAUCGUGAACCCCAAACUCAAGGACUUCCUCAGCGUUCCCGAGGUUACCUUCCUCAGCAAAGUUGCCUUGGCAACACAAGAGGAGUUUGAGGUCUUCCGGAAGCUGACGGAGAGAGAGAUGCGGGAGGAGGAACAGCCAGAGUUCAGUAACAGUGAUGAAGAGGAUGAGGAGGGCUAUGAGAGUGAGGGUGGAGGGAGCGCAGGCUACAGGAAGAGGAGAAAGAAAUGAAUGGCGGGAAUGUGUGAAUGCAAAACCGAACUGUUGUCUAGAUGUCUCACUAAAUCAAAGUAGCUUAAAAUAUUUAUUCUUUUCAUACUUUAUUUUUGUUUUAUUUUGAAGGGUGAUUAUUUGAGUGUUUAUUAAAAGUUUAUAAUAAAAUUGUCAAGAGAAUGGUUCCAUUUGAGACUGUUGUAUGCAGAGGUAUCCUUUUGGUUUAUUUU